ACACUCAUCUUCCAUGGGAAGGGAGAGAGAUGGCUAAGGUCACACAUGAGGAUUUCCCGCAUGGGAAACAAAAGCCUGGCUGAGGUUGAGAUUUGCUCUUUUCCAGCCCAGCUGCUGUGCCAAGACCUCUGGCAGCUCCCGCCAGCCUGUGCACAGGUGCAGAGAAGGCAGGGGGUUGGGUUGCCCAGGGUUGGUUUCUGCCAGGUAAGAGAGAAGCCCAGGGUGCUGGGGAUAUUGGUAGCAGGCGAGCAAACUGGAGUGGUGGCUGCAGAUCCAGGCUGGGGAGAAGGGUGUGCAAGGAAGGUAGGGAAGAGAAGGUAGGAGGGAACUGGCAGAAAGAAAGGAAGCAGAGGUGGAUUGUGAGCUCUGUGCAGGGCGAUGUCUGUGCAAUUCCGGCUGUUAUCUCCAGAGACUUGCGUAGGGUUGUCACUUAGUAAAUAGUUGAAUAAAUGAGCUGAGGGCUCAAGAGGUCACAGGUAGAAGGCAGGUGAGGUGGGGGUGAUGGAGAUGUGGUUCUGAAUUAGGAAAGGGGCAUUCCAGAGCCAGGUGAUGAGACUGGGGUGUUCCCAUGGAGGGUGGCUGCAGGGAGCAGAGAGGCCAGUGUUGGGUGGGCAAUCCAUGGGAAUGCAUAGCUGCCAGCAUAGGGUGCACAGCAUCCAGUCUUCAAGGAGGGAGGGGGAGAUAGCAUUUCUCAAACUAGGAUCCUUGGACAUCUUGCAUCUGAAUCUGUAGGGGGGUGGUGGGCUGGUUGGAAAUGCAGACCCCUGGGCCCACCCCAGCCUCUUGGGGAAAAAGUAAGCCCAGUGCAGCAGAAUUGAGCAUCAAGGAGCAAGAGUGUUUAGGGGGUGGGGGAGCACCCAGCCCAUCUGAGAGGAUGAGACGCUCAAUGGACCCUGAGUAUGGUGGCCUUUAUCCAGGCUAGAGUUGGAUAGGGAUAAUCAAUGAAGCGAUACUGGGGGCAGGAAAGGGCCGACACCAAGGGGAUUCAGCCCAUGUGAGGUGGGGGCCAGAAGGAUGGGGCCUGUGCCCUAGGAUGCAGCUUCUGCCAGAGAGAAGGCCCUGACUGGGCAAUGGGACCGGAUCCUCUACCCUGUGGCCUGGGGGUAGAGGGGGUGUCCAGACUGAGCAUCCCCUCUGAGGAUGGAGGGAUGGGGGUGGUGCAUGGUGCUAUGGGACUCUCUGCACCCAACUGCUUCUCUUCCUUCUCUCGGCGGCAACACAUAAUAUGGGGUUGAUCCAGUCCCCCACUUUUAGCUCCUCUCAGCCUCCAAACCCCCUCAUGCUCAGUGCUUCUCUGCCGUCCUUUGGCACAGUCCCUCCACUCAGCACCCCCAGCCCUUCCUUCCACUCUCUCAGCCCCUGCUCUCUAGCCUUCACACACUCAGAACCCCAACUCUUAGCCCUCUGUGUCCAGCUCUCUCUCAGCACCCCUCAACAGCCACUCUAUGAGCCCCCUGUGCUAACUGCACCCAAUUCAGCCCCACCCGGUGUCCUCACUCUGUUUAUCCCUCCAUAUUCACCGCCGCCCUCGACUCCCUUUACCCACACUCCGACCCAGCCGAGAAGACCCCCCGUAAGUGCCCUGCCUGAGGGGAACUUCCAGUCACCCCUCCCAGAGGCUGGGAGGGGGGCCAAGGGCCCGGUGCCCCCGUGGUCCGGCCGGUCCCGCCCCAUCCCGGCGGGCUGAGUCAGGCGGCAGGAACUGGGCGGGGGGCGGCGCCGGGAGGAGCUGAAGCAGGAGCCAGAGUUGCUGGGAGCGAGCGCGGAGCCCAGCCCGGCCGGCACCGAGUGGCCCUGGGCCAGCGGGGACACGGGGGUCAAGCGCGGGGCUUGGAGGGCUGUCCCGGACCUACCAUGAACUCCAAGAAGAGAGGGAGCCCUGCGCGGACUCAUUCCAUGAUGUCCCUGUCGGUGCGGCCGCAGCGCCGCCUGCUCAGCGCCCGGGUCAAUAGGAGCCAGUCCUUCGCAGGCGUCCUCGGCAGCCAGGAGCGGGGGCCCAGGAGCUUCCCAGCCUUCAGUCCCCCGGGGCCCCCACGGAAGCCCCCAGCGCUCUCCCGAGUGUCCAAGAUGUUUUCAGUGGCGCACCCGGCCCCCAAGGUCCCGCAGCCUGAGCGGCUGGACCUGGUGUACACGGCGCUCAAGCGAGGCCUGACGGCCUAUUUGGAAGUGCACCAGCAGGAGCAGGAGAAACUCCAAAGACAGAUAAGGGAGUCCAAGAGGAAUUCCCGCCUGGGCUUCCUGUAUGACUUGGACAAGCAAGUCAAGUCCAUUGAACGCUUCCUACGACGGCUGGAGUUCCAUGCCAGCAAGAUCGACGAGCUGUAUGAGGCAUACUGUGUCCAGCGGCGUCUCCGGGAUGGCGCCUACAACAUGGUCCGUGCCUACAGCACCGGCUCCCCAGGGAGCCGUGAGGCCCGGGACAGCCUGGCCGAGGCUACUCGGGGGCAUCGGGAGUACACAGAGAGCAUGUGCCUGCUGGAGAGCGAGCUGGAAGCACAGCUGGGCGAGUUCCAUCUCCGGAUGAAAGGGCUGGCCGGCUUCGCCAGGCUAUGUGUGGGCGAUCAGUAUGAGAUCUGCAUGAAAUAUGGGCGUCAGCGCUGGAAACUACGGGGCCGCAUAGAGGGUAGUGGAAAGCAGGUGUGGGACAGUGAGGAAACCGUCUUUCUUCCUCUGCUCACGGAGUUCCUGUCCAUCAAGGUGACAGAACUGAAGGGCCUGGCCAACCAUGUGGUUGUAGGCAGCGUCUCCUGUGAGACCAAGGAUCUGUUCGCCGCCCUGCCCCAGGUUGUAGCUGUGGACAUUAAUGACCUUGGCACCAUCAAGCUCAGCCUGGAAGUCACGUGGAGUCCCUUCGACAAGGAUGACCAGCCCUCAGCCGCUUCUACUGUCAACAAGGCCUCCACAGUCACCAAGCGCUUCUCCACCUACAGCCAGAGCCCACCAGACACGCCCUCACUUCGGGAACAGGCCUUCUAUAAUAUGCUGAGGCGGCAGGAGGAGCUGGAGAAUGGGACAGCGUGGUCCCUGUCAUCCGAAUCUUCCGAUGACUCCUCUAGCCCACAGCUCUCAGGCACUGCACGCCACUCCUCAGCCCCCAGGCCCCUGGUGCAGCAGCCUGAGCCUCUGCCCAUCCAGGUUGCCUUCCGUAGGGCUGAGACCUCCACUUCUGGGACCGUGGAUGAGGAGGGGGCCAUGGCCCCAGCCCUGGCCAAUGGGCAUGCCCCCUACAGCCGGACUCUGAGCCAUAUCAGUGAGGCCAGUGUGGAUGCUGCCCUGGCUGAGGCUUCAGUGGAGGCUGCAGGCCUAGAAAGUCUAGUCCGGGGACCCAGCCCACCUGCACAUCCAGAUCCCACACAUGGGGAGCACCCUAGUCCUGUCCCUUCUGCCCUGGACCCUGGCCAUUCUGCCACAAGCCCCACUCUCAGUACAACAGGCCCCGCCCACACAUCUACAGACCCUGCCCGCUCUGCACACCUAGACUCAGUUAGCAAGACCAUAAAUUCUAGCUCUCCUGAAUUGCCAGACCCCACCCACAUCACUACAAGCUCCACCUCUAAUGCUGUAAGCCCUACCCAUAGUACUGCAAGCCUUACUCAAACUACCACAGGUUCUACCCACAAGACUAUGGUCUCUACCGUCACUAUUACAGGCCCUACCCCCAGUACCACAGGGCCAGUCCAGACCACCACAAGUCCCACCCACAAGCCAAUGCUUUCUACCCUCACUCCUGCAACUCCUGCCCCCAAUACUACAGACCCAGUCCAGACCACCACAGGCCUCAGCCACACUGUCACAAACCUGACACACACCGUCACAGGCCCCUCCAACAAGCACAUGAUCUCUACCGUCUCUACUGCAGGCGCUACCCCCAGUACCACAGACCCAGCCCAGACUACCACAGGCCCCACCCACACUACCACUAGCCCCACCCACACUACUGCAAGCCCUACCCAUACCACCAUAAGCCCCACCCACACUGCUACAAGCCCUACCCAUACCAUAAUAAGCCCUGCCCAUACCAUAAUAAGCCCCACCCACACUACUGCAAGCUCUACCCACACCACCACAAGCAGCACCCACACUACUGCAAACCCUACUCACACAGCCAGGAUUUCAACUCACACCGCUACACCCAAUGCUAAAGACCCAGUCCAGAUCACCAGGAGUCCUACCCAUUCUGUCACAAGUCCCACCCUUAUAACUGUAAGCCCUUCCACUUUCCUAGACCUUGCCACGCUCUCCAACCCCUCUGCAAACACAGACCCUCCCCUCCCAGGCAUCGAUCCCCUGUCCUGUAGCUACCCAGCCUCCACUUCCUGCACUCAGGCAGACCCCAUAGCCCUCAGCACCUCCCACCCAACUCCUACCUGUUCCAGUUGGGAACCCCUCACAAGCCCUUCCCCAAAACUCCCAGAAGCCAUCCGUCAGAGCCCAAGUCCCCCUCCCUCACCCCUAGCCCCUGUGCCCCAGCAUUCAGACCCUAGAGUGGCCAAGGCUGCCCAGGCCCCAGUUCCAGGGGCAGCUGGAGGUGCUGGGGACAGGAAACUGGAAGAGGCACUGGGGGCCCUAAUGGCUGCCCUGGAUGACUAUCGUGGCCAGUUUCCUGAGCUGCAGGGCCUGGAGCAGGAGGUGACCCGGCUGGAAAGUCUGCUUAUGCAGAGACAAGGCCUGACUCGCAGCCGGGCCUCCAGUCUUAGCAUCACCGUGGAGCAUGCCCUGGAGAGCUUCAGCUUCCUCAAUGAAGAUGAAGACAAUGACAGUUCUGGGGACAGGCCCCCAAACAGCCCGGAGCCUGGGGCUGAGGACAGCCUCGACUCACCUAGUGCCCGACCCCUCAGCACGGAGUGUCCAGCUCUGGACACUGCCUUGGUCCAGCACCUGUACCACUGCAGCCGCCUCCUGCUGAAACUGGGCACAUUUGGGCCCCUGCGCUGCCAGGAGGCAUGGGCCCUGGAGCGGCUACUGCGGGAGGCCCGAGUGCUCGAAGCAGUAUGUGAGCUUAGCAGGCGAUGGGAAAUCCCUGCCACCUCUGCCCAGGAAGUGGUGCAGUUCUCGGCCUCCCGGCCCGGCUUCCUGACCUUCUGGGACCAAUGUACAGAGGGACUCAGCCCCUUCAUCUGCCCUGUGGAGCGGGUGCUCCUCACCUUCUGCAAUCAGUACGGCGCCCGUCUCUCCCUGCGCCAGCCAGGCUUAGCCGAGGCUGUGUGUGUCAAGUUCCUGGAGGAUGCCCUGGGGCAGAAGCUGCCCCGGAGGCCCCAGUCAGGCCCUGGAGAGCAGCUCACCGUCUUCCAGUUCUGGAGUUACGUCGAAGCCUUGGACAGCUCCUCCAUGGAGGCCUAUGUGACCGAGACUGCCGAGGAGGUGUUACUGGUACGGAAUCUGAACUCAGAUGACCAGGCUGUUGUGCUGAAAGCCCUGAGGUUGGCACCUGAGGGGCGGCUUCGAAGGGAUGGGCUCCGGGCCCUCAGCUCCCUGCUUGUCCAUGGCAACAACAGGGUCAUGGCUGCUGUCAGCACUCAGCUCCGGAGCCUGUCACUGGGCCCUGCCUUCCGGGAAAGGGCCCUACUCUGCUUCCUGGACCAGCUCGAGGAUGAGGAUGUGCAGACGAGAGUGGCUGGCUGCUUGGCCCUGGGCUGCAUCAAGGCUCCUGAAGGCAUUGAGCCCCUGGUAUACCUGUGUCAAACGGACACAGAAGCCGUGAGGGAAGCAGCUCGGCAGAGCCUGCAGCAAUGCGGAGAAGAGGGACAGUCUGCCCAUCGACGGCUGGAGGAGUCACUGGAUGCCCUGCCCCGCAUCUUCGGGCCCGGCAGCAUGGCCAGCACGGCAUUUUAAACUCCCCACCCACCGGCCCCCAGUGCCCCUUCCCCCCACUUUCAGGGCUUACCAGGCACUGGCAGGGAGGGUGAGGGCUGGCUCCAGACACUCCUCCCUCACAGAUUCCUAUCAAUGAAAAUCUAAUAUAUUCUCCUUUUGUCCUUGGGGUGGGUAGAGUCAGUGCCGCGGUCAAGUGCCUCCCAGCUCAGCACACUUGCCAUAGAUCGGUGUCCCGGGCCUGGCCAUCCUGCCUCUGCCCUGCCGCGUCCCUUGGUUUUGUAUUUUAUUUACAGAGUUUUACAGAAAAUAAAAAAGCAAAAUGCCUUUC